AUGGUAAUCCCUCACCACCUUGUUAGCCACAAUGGCAAAGAUCGCCUUGUGUUUAACUGUUCGUUCCAGUUCCAAGGCCAAGCCCUCAACGAACAUCUUCUACCUGGGCCCACCCUGAGCGCAUCGCUCCUUGGUGUCCUCCUUCGCUUUCGAGAGCAUGCCGUAGCCAUCAGUGGGACAUUAAAGGUAUGUUCCACCAGAUUCGCCUUCUUCCCGAAGAUCGUUCCCUCCUGCGGUUUGUGUGGCGGGAUCUGCACCCCGAGGAACCGGUGGCCGUUUAUGAAUGGCAGGUCCUCCCCUUCGGUACAACCUGCAGCCCAUGCUGUGCAACCUUCGCUCUGCAGCGCCACGCCAGGGACCACACGGAAGGAGAUGAUCGCUACGUCACUCUGUGGACAUGUUCAAGCUCCUGGCCCUCGGGACAGGCUAAGAGCCCUCCUGUCUUCUGCUGGAUUUGUCCUUCGCCAGUGGGCCAGUAAUGAACCCAGCACCAUUGGCCACCUACCUGAAGACCUCAGAUCCACAAGUGCAGAACUUUGGCUCACUCAAGACAAAUCAGACACCUCUGAGCCAACUCUAGGCCUUAGCUGGCACUUCCCCACGGACACCUUGGGUUACAGACACCGCAAAAUCAGUUAUGGCGCCCCCACCAUGCGGAAUAUUUAUAAGGUUCUCGCAAGCCAAUACGACCCACUUGGCUUUAUCCUACCGUACACCACCCGAGCCAAGAUGCUGGUGAGGCGCCUUUGGGAUCAACAGAGGGGAUGGGAUGACCCGCAGCUUCCGCCAGAACUACUCCAGCAGUGGAAAACCUGGGAAGAGGAAUUGCUGUUCCUUGCACAAGUCCUGCUUCCUCGCCCGUAUCUCCCAAAGCACAUCAUGGAGGCAGUUAGUGAGAGAGAGAUUCACAUAUUCUGUGAUGCGUCAGAGCAGGCUUAUGGCGCGGUGGCCUACAUGAGAACAGUGACAGGGGAUGGCAGCUCACAUCUAGCCUUCCUGAUGGCUCGCUCCCGUGUUGCCCCUAAACGCAUUCUCUCCAUGCCCAGACUUGAGCUGUGUGGUGCCCUCUCCGGAGCUCAUCUUUCCCGUCUCCUUAAAAAUGAGCUCACUCUGGACAUAAAGAGAAUAGUGCUGUGGUCUGACUCCACAACUGUACUCACCUGGUUGAGGUCCCAGUCAUGCCACUUCAAGGUCUUCGUCGGCACCCGCGUGGCUGAGAUCCAGGAAUUAACUCACUCGCACACCUGGCGCUAUGUGGACUCAGCCCAGAACCCCGCAGAUGAUAUAACCCGGGGGAAGUCCCUUCUCGAGCUGACCAGACCCAAUAGAUGGAGUCAAGGGCCUCCUUUCCUGCUCCUAGGUCCAGAACAGUGGCCUCCAGAGCCAAGUGGCACCCUGGCUGAGCCUCCAGGCCCAUCUGAGCUCCGUAAAGAGACCUUUUGUGGAUUCUCUACCACCUUCGACCCCGCCACUUCGAACUUCAGCAAAUAUGACACCUGGACACAGCUGCUGGAAGCAGCUAUUACGCAGUUGCAUGGGGCGGCCAAAGGCGGUGGAACUUCAUCGGCUUAUGACUAUGUUCGAGCAGAGAUGGAUGUCCUGAGAGAAGCUCAACAGGAGAGCUUCCCUGAGGAGUAUCGACUCCUUAAGCAGGGGAAAUCCAUCAGUCGCAGCAGUCGUCUCCUUGCACUAUCCCCUGAGUUCGACCACGAGAAUGAGGUCAUCCGUGUAGGUGGACGUCUUCGCCGCUCUGAAGAUCUCGCCUUUACCAGCUCCCAUCCUUUAGUUUUGGAUCCGACACAUCCAGUCACCCGCCUGUUCAUCCAGGACGUCGACAGUCGCCUGCGCCAUCCAGGGCCAGAGAGGGUCUUCGCGGAGAUUCGGCGCACUCAUUGGAUCCUGAGAGGCCGGGAAGCAGUUAGGCGUUUUCAAAGGACCUGUCUUGAGUGCCGCAGAUGGAGAGCCCGACCGACUGUUCCCAAGAUGGCGGACCUGCCAGUUGCGCGCCUCCGCCUUUACAAACCUGCCUUUUAUUCGACAGGCGUGGACUGUUUUGGACCCUUUGAGGUCAAAAUCGGGCGCCGUGUGGAGAAGAGGUGGGGCAUCAUCUUUAAGUGCCUAACUAUCAGAGCGGUCCACCUUGAUGUCCUAACCUCCAUCGAUACAGAUGCCUUCCUAAUGGCACUUCGACGCUUCAUUGCCAGGAGAGGAACUCCAGCUGAGCUGUACUCAGACCAAGGGACCAACUUCCGUGGGGGAGAAAGGGAACUCCAAGCAGCUUUUGCAGCCAUGACCUCUGACCUGCAGAAGCUCCUGGCUCCCCAUAAGAUCGUCUUCCACUUCAAUCCACCAGCGGCUCCUCAUUUCGGGGGAGUGUGGGAGCGGGAGAUUAGGUCUGUCAAGAUGGCACUCUACACUACAGUAGGAUCCCAACCCCUUCAAGAAGAGGUCCUCCACACGGUCCUUGUGGAGGUGGAGGGCAUCUUGAACUCCAAACCACUAGGUUAUGUCCCGUCUGACAUCAGUGAUCCUGAUCCAGUGACCCCCAACUGCUUUCUGAUGGGGCGGCCUGACGGAGCACUUCCUCAAGUGGCUUAUCCCAGAGAAGAGCUCCUGAGUCGCCGGAGGUGGAAGCACUCCCAGGUGCUGGCUGACCACUUCUGGUCUCGAUUCAUCCGGCUGUACCUUCCAAGCCUGCAGCUUCGGCAGAAAUGGCGGUCAUCCCCCGCAGAUGUCACAGAAGGUUCAGUGGUGAUGAUCGUAGAUCCUCAGCUGCCUCGUGCUUCCUGGCUCGUGGGCUGCAUCUCCAAAGUCCACCCCAGUCCCGACGGGCACAUCAGGUCUGCUGACAUCAAGGUGAAGGACCGGACCUUCACCCGACCUGUGGCGAGGCUGGUGGUACUGCCUGCCCUCCCGGACGAAGACAAAGGACAAUCACCGUGACUUUGUUUGUAAAAUUGCCUUUUGUUGUGAGCAAAUGUACUUCAUACAUUUGGGGGCGGCUGUACAAAAGGCCCCGUAGUUAUGGGUUUAUUCUGUUCAGUUGUUAGUUCACCUGUAGUUUUUAGAGUGGCCAGUAGAGGUCACCCCACCGCUUUGUAUGAGAGACUAUGUCCAGGGAGAGACGUGGGCAAAGCACCUGAGCUUUUCUGCUCCAGAUUACUGGCAGAGAAUUGGUUAUUCUGUGAGAAGUGUGCGUUAAUGAGCAACAGACCACACACACACACCAUGCCCACGCACCUAAACCUGUAUGCAAUACCUGCUCCUCUGACAAUCCCUGUUACCUUCAACUGUGUGAAGUCAAUACAAGAGUCUGCACUAUCCUCGGUGUCUUCAUUGUCUCCCUUCUGAACAUUCAUCCGGGCCUUGAGCAGUGUUCUGGCCGACACUCCGGGGAGUGGUAGCUGCAAACCUGAACUAGCACCUUACAGUCCUUCCAGUACAAGCUAUCUAUCCAACAUCCA